UUUUCCGCUGCGACGUUUCACGCCCAUAGUUAUCGCGGAGAGUGCCUCUCGUAAUCAUAAUAAACCUAACAGAUAGUUUCCUUUUUGCCGUUUAUAGGCACCAUCGAAGACUACAGCGGACGAGAGGACACAGGCGGCAACAUAGCGACGACCUCCUCCAUCCCUUCCAGCCCGGCCACGCCGGCAGAGGUCGUAAGCAUGGACAGCACGACCCACGCAGCUAACGCGACGAAUGUCAGCGCUAUCGAGCACGUGCCCUAUCACAUGCGGCCCGAGACGUACAUAGUCCCCGUCGUGUUUGGCUUUAUCUUCCUGCUGGGCAUUAUCGGCAACGGCACGCUCAUCUUUAUCGUGCUAAAGAACAAAUGUAUGCGCAACGUCCCCAACAUCUACAUCGUCAGUCUAUCUCUCGGAGACUUCCUGCUCAUCCUGAUAUCGGUGCCAUUCACGAGCACCAUAUACACGGUGCGUAACUGGCCGUUUGGCGAGGUCGUCUGCAAGCUGAAUGAAUUCCUGCAGGACAUGUCCGUCGGCGUGUCCGUAUUCACGCUGACGGCGCUCAGCGCCGACCGCUACACGGCCAUCGUCGAUCCUAUGAAGAAGCACAUGGGAAACCCGACCCGACGUACCGUGAUGACGUCAUUUGCCAUCUGGAUCGUGGCGAUCUGUCUCGGCGUGCCGGACGCCGCGAUCUCGUACGUUCUCUUCACGGGCCUGCAUCCAGACGACGCAAACGGCGUCAACGUCUGCUACCCGUACCCGCUCGACUGGCAGACGUGGUACCCGAAGCUGCACACGUUCUGGAAGUUUCUCAUCUAUUUCCUCAUCCCAAUGGUGAUCAUCUCCACCUACUACAGUCUGAUGGCGAAGAAUCUGAUGCUGAGCACGCAGAACAUGCCCGGGGAGAAGGCGGAGAAGGGCUCGGGAGCCCAGCACGCAGCGAAACAGAUGGAAGCGCGCAAGAAGGUCGCCAAGAUGGUUCUUAUGUUCGUGGUCUUAUUCGUUAUCUGCUGGGCCCCGCGCCAUCUCUUCAACAUGUGGUUCCACUUCAGUCCCUGGUCUCGCGAGCAGUUCAACAGCGGCUGGCAAGCGUUCCGCAUCAUCGGCUUCUGUAUGUCCUUCAUCAACUCGUGCCUCAAUCCGGUGGCACUCUACUGCCUCAGUAAGCAGUUCCGCAAGUACUACAACCGAUAUCUGUUCUGCUGGUGCCGCCGAUCGCCUGACCUGCAGACGACGGAACCGAACUCCGCUAUGUAUAACUUCACGAGCACAGUUCGACGUGGCAGCGCCAACUCAUACACGAUGGUGACGUCACAGACUGCCGCCGUGUAG